UAUUAUUAAUAAGUAUUUAAAUAUUGAAACUUCGAUCUAAAUUUGUUUUAAAUUUUUAAAACAAUGCAUCAAGCAUAUAAUGUAUAUUCGAUUUUAAAACAAGGAGUGCACAUUGAGUCUAUAGCAGCAUUUGACAACAAUGUCAUACUUGGAACGCGGAGUGGGCAGUUAAUUAUGUAUUCAGUGGAUGAUAAUGGCGCCGUCGAUAUGUCAAUGUUUAAUAAAAACUUUAGCAAAAAGGCUAUUUCUCAAAUGGAAGUGAUUAGCUCAGAACAUCUUUUGUUUGUCCUUACCGAUAACAUUAUACAUGCUUGCGAUAUUAGUCACCAUGAAUUUAAUUUUGCCUUUAUACAUAGUUCUGCGGAAACAAAAGGAUGUCAACUAUUUUGCUUAGACGUUAAAACUCAUAAAUCUACUACAGGGGAGGUGGCACCAGUGAUACGAUUAUGUUGUGCAAUAAAACGUCGUUUGCAGUUUUUCUACUGGAAAGUUGAUGCGCUUCAAGCUCCUGAGUUUGCCAUUGAAUUAAAGGAUAUACCAAGGGCACUAUGUUGGAUUGACGAUGUCAUAUGUGUUGGGUUUAAGGAUGAAUAUGUCAUAUAUGAUAUACAUUCAAGAACUCCAAAAAAACAUGAACUUAUUGUAACGUCAUCAGCUUAUAACAUGGAGCCAAGUAUUUGCAUUCUAAAAAAUAGUUUACUGGGUAUGUCAAAAGAUGAAUAUUUAGUUGCUAUUGAUCCGAAUGAUUACAUUAAACGAGAAGAUAAUAAAUUACCUAAUCAGGGAAAUUUUGAUAGUUUAUCAAAACAUUCGGAUAACAAAAAUAUCUUAAAACCCCUAAUGUGGAGUAGUUCAUUGCUUGACCUAGUUUGGGAUGAGCCUUAUGUUAUUGGACGAGUAUCGAAUGGGAUUGAAAUUCGAAGUCUUGAAACCAAUAGUAUAAAUAAAGACACUCUUGUACAAACAAUUCCGGAAUUAAAUAAAACAAAAUUUUUAGUGCGUUCAGGAAGUGGCACAAUUUUUGCAGCCGCUACAUCUGAAUUAUGGUGUAUUCGUUUAGUAGACAUCGCAAUACAACGUCAACAGCUAUUGCAGCAAAAGAAAUUUCAAUUAGCAAUUGAUUUAACUAGCAUAUCAAAUGAACCAAAUGAAAUGAAAGCUGAAACUAUUCGACAAAUUCAUAUGCGAUAUGCAAAGGAAUUAUUUUCUAAAAAACUAUUUUCUGCUGCCAUGAAAGAAUUUGAACAAGCUUCUGCUGAUCCUUAUGAUGUUAUAAGAUUAUUUCCUAAUCUUUUACAAGACCAAUCAAAUAAACCGGUUACACAAGGUAAUGACACUGUUGUGCCAAUUAUGCCAGUAACUCAAUUAGAGGAUAAAGACUUAGAGAAUGCACUACUUGCUCUAAUUGAAUUUUUAGCUUUAGCAAGACAAAAAGAAGUUGUUAAAUUACUUGAUACCAAAUCCAAUUCAAAAUCUUUAUUAUCGAUUAUUGACACUACUUUACUGAAGUGUUAUCUUCAGACUAACGAUUCGUUAAUAGGACCGCUUUUACGUUUAAAUCAAUGUCAUCUUGAAGAAUCAGAAAAAACACUUAAAAAACACGAAAAACUAUCGGAACUAAUAAUACUUUAUCAAAUGAAUGGAAAACACAGAAAAGCCUUAGAAUUAUUACAAGCACAAUCUUCUAAAGAAGGCUCUAGUUUGUUUGGUACGAAUAGAACUAUUUUGUAUUUGCAACAGUUAGGUUCUGCGCAUAUACAGUUAAUUCUUGAAUUUGCUAACUGGGUGCUUAAACAAGAUGCUGAAGAUGGGUUACGAAUAUUUAUUGAAGACUUUAUAGAAGUAGAAAAUUUGCCAAGAGCCAGUGUAUUAGAUUUUUUACUUAUACACCAUAAAACUCUAGUCAUUCCAUAUUUAGAGCACGUUAUUAAUGUGUGGAAAGAUACCAAUACAUUGUUACAUAAUGUUUUAAUAUUGCAAUAUCGGGAGAAAGUGCAAGUCUUAAUAAAGUCUGCAAGUGAAAAUGAUAGUGAACAAAUGGAUAUGCUUCGAAAGUACCGCUUCAAAUUAUUUGAUAUACUUAAAAAUUCUAAUUACUAUUCGCCUGAUGUUAUUCUUCAGGAUUUCCCAUCACAAAGUAUGUUGGAUGAGUUGGCAUUGAUAUUGGGACGAUUGAAAAAACACGAUAAAGUUUUAGAGAUUUACGUACAUAUCUUGGGAGAUGUGCAAAAAGCUAAAAAAUACUGUGAAGAUAAUUAUUCAGAUGACAGCGAAAUAUUUGUAACACUAUUAAAGAUUAUAUUAAAUCCGUUAAAGGUAUCACCUUAUGAAGGCGUUGUGUUACACAGUGAUUUUGCAACACCAAAUCAAGAUAUCAUUUUAAAUUUACUUAAUAGAUAUGCUACGAAAAUUAAGCCUUUCAAGGUGUGGAGUUAUUUACCUAGUGAUAUGCCAUUGCAUCUUUUGUGCAAUUACUUGGAUACAGUUAUACGUACCGAAACAGCAGAUCAGCAUCAUAAUGAAAUGAUGAAUGCACUACUGACAGCAGAAAUCGAACGGGCAAAAGAAAAAAUACUGGGAUUUGAAAUCCAAUAUGUUGAAAUAAAUGAAUUUAGCGUUUGUUUGGCAUGUAAGAAGCGAUUUACAAAUCAAACAUCGUUUGUUCGCUAUCCAAACGGAGAAGUUGUCCACCUUUCAUGUCAUGAUAAAAUCUUGGCUGGACCAUCUGUAAAGUAAGCGAUACUUUACUUUGCAAAGUAAAAUAUAAUAAUUAUUUUAUAAAAUAAAAUAUUUAUAUUAAUAAAAACGAAAUAAAAGAA